AUGGCGAAUCCCUUCUUGAUGGACGACGACCUGGAUGGCUGCGAUAUGGCCGCCAAUCCGUUUCUCAUGCAAUCAGAGCCGGAACCUAGUACCGAUAAUCCCUUUGGAGCAGCGACUGGUGCCUCCAAUCCCUUUGCCUUUGGCGGAGACGAUCUCGAGGCGGAGGCGGAACCGGAGGCGGAGGCAGCCCGUGACAGCGAUCUCGACCCGGCGAUGAGUUUCUUUGGCACCACGAUCGAGGCGGAGGACGAUGCGCUGAGUCUGAAGUCCGGGGCCGAGGAGGAGGACGAGGGCGGGAAGAGGCCGCCGCAGCAGCCACACGCACACCCGCCCCCGCCACGCCCCCAGGCGCCACCGCAGAGCACCCAGGAUCUGAUCAGCACGGUGUCCAGUCAGCUGGAGGAGACCAGCUCGGAGCUGCUGGGCCGCAUCCCGGCCACCCGAUCCCCCAGUCCGGUCUCGAUGCGGGACCUGCACUCGCCGAGUCCCACUCCCGACUCCGGACUGGCCGACCUGCUGGACGUGUCGGUGGACAGCGGAUCGAGUGCCCACAUCCAGGGCAUGGAGGUGGACCUGAUGGGUGGUCUUGGCGGCGGCGGUGUUGUGCCCAUGGACAAUCCCUUUGCGGUGCCGACGGCGGUGCCGAACAUCCAGGCGGCAGCACCACUGCCCGCCACGCCGGUGAAGCAGCCGCCACGCCCACCGCCACCACGCCCCGCUCCGCCGCGUCCCACGCCGCCCGGCCAGGUGGCGCCACAACGACCACCGCCACCGGUGGCCGCGGCCGCUCCUCCUCCGCCCGAUUCGGAUGAUCUGCUGGACAUGUUCGGCACCACGGCGAGCAGGCCACCGAAGCCACCGCCACCCAAGUCCAAGGAGGACAUCCUGAGUCUCUUCGAGCAGCCCCAAGCACCGCCAGCACCCAAACCGGAUUUACUCCAUGACGAUCUGCCCGAGACGAGGCCGGAGGAGGGGCAGCCAGAGCGGGAGGACAAGGACAAGGAGAAGGACGAGGCGGAGGAGGAGAGGGAUGGGGAGGCGGAUGCGGAGGGCACGACCUCGCGGGAUGAGCCGGCGGCCACUGGAUUGGAGCGACAGGCGAAUCACAUGGCGGCCCCGCCGGAAACGGCCAGCAGACAGCGGGCACCCACGCCGGAUAUCGAGAUCACCACGGUGGAGGAUCUACCCCGAUCCGAUGACGAGGACGAGGAGGAGCCGGCGGUGAAGCGGGAACCGGAGCCGGAAGCGCAGCCGGAGGCAGAGCCACAAAUCGAACCGGAAGCGGAGCCCGAGAUCAUCUCCGAUCACAGUCCGCCAACGGAGUCCCUGGUGACCACCCAGGUGGGCCUCCCCGAGGACGAACCACUGGCCAGUGAGCCGGAACCGGAGCCGGAGCAAAUGGACACCGGACUGGACUUCCCCCUGGCCACCAGUGGCCUGGCCAGCGGCCAGCUGUCCGCCAAUCCCUUCGCCAGUCCCGAGGAGGAGGAGGAGCCGAGCUUCGCACCCGUGCCCGCCGUGGUGGCCAACAUCUUUGCCAUCGACGAUCCGGAGCCGGAGGUGGAGCCACCUCGGACGGAGGUGGCACCCAGCUACACGGCCAACAUCUUCGCCGCCGAGCCGGACGAAUUCGAUGCCUUCUCGGCGAAGUUCGACUCGGUAAAGAAGGACAACAUCAGCAUCCUGGACGGUUUCGGAGGAUCCGGAGCCAUAACGCCCACGGGCGGAGAUGCUUGGGGUGACAGUGCAUUCGGAUCGGCCACAAUCUCGGCGAAUGCCUUUGGCGACACCAACUCAGCGGACGAUGGAUUCGGCAACGAGGACGACGACUUCUAUGCAAUGCAGGCCCCGGCACGCGCCGACUCCGUGGAAUCGGUGGACAAGGAAUUCAGCGUGGUCAUCCGGCCGAAGGCGGAGGGCACUGGUGGAGUGGCCCCCCAGCUGGCGCCACCUCCUCCGCCGGCGCGGACUGCCGCCCAGGCACAGAGCACAUCGCCGCCCGGCUCAACGGUGAAUCCCUUCGAGGAUGUCAGUGGCUUCCCGGCUCCCGGGCAGCCGGCGCAGGCCGAUGGAACCGCCAUGAAGCGCACGGACUCACAGGACACGCCGCAGACGCCACUCUACGAUGAGGAUGUGUCGCAGCCGCUGGAGGAGUUCCCGCGACUGCAUUACAUGGGACCCGGCUGGGAGAUGCAGCUGCGGCAGCCCAACAAGAAGAAGAUCACCGGCCAGCGGUUCUGGAAGAAGAUCUUCGUCCGCCUGGUGGUGCAGAACGAUGUGCCGGUGGUGCAGUUGCUCAACCAGGCCGGCGACAAGCAGCCCUUCCAGGAGCUGCCGCUGCAGCCGUCCUACUCCGUAUCGGAGAUCGGGGCCCAGCAGUACGACCAGUUCGGGAAGAUAUUCACGAUGAAGCUGCAGUACAUAUUCUACAAGGAGCGACCCGGCGUGAGGCCCGGCCAGGUGACCAAGGCGGAGCGGAUCACCAACAAGCUGACCAAGUUCGCACAAUACGCCAUCGCUGGCGACUACGAGGGCGUCAAGGAGUUUGGCAGCGACCUCAAGAAGCUGGGCCUGCCCGUGGAGCAUGCGCCGCAGUCGUCGCAGCUCUUCAAGAUCGGAUCGAUGAACUACGAGGACAUGAAGCAGUUCUCCGUCUGCAUCGAGGAGGCCCUCUUCAAGCUGCCCGCCCUGCGCGAACGGGCAUUGACCUACAAAAUGGAGGAGGUGCAGGUGACCGCCGUGGAUGAGAUCACUGUGGAGCAGGACUUCGAGGGCAAGAUCCUCAAACAGAUCGCUCGGGUGCGACUCUUCUUCCUCGCCUUCCUCACCGGCAUGCCCACCAUCGAGCUGGGCGUGAACGAUAUGUGGCGGCAGGGGAAGGAGGUCGUCGGCCGGCACGACAUCAUCCCGGUGGCCACCGAGGAGUGGAUCCGGCUGGAGGCCGUUGAGUUCCACAGCGUGGUCAAUCAGCAGGAGUACGAGAGAACGCGUACCAUCAAAUUCCAACCGCCCGAUGCCAACUACAUUGAACUGCUGCGCUUCCGUGUGCGUCCGCCCAAGAAUCGCGAACUUCCGCUGCAGCUGAAGGCCACCUGGUGCGUCACCGGCAACAAGGUGGAGCUGCGGGCCGACAUCCUGGUGCCGGGCUUCACUUCCCGCAAGCUGGGCCAGAUCCCCUGCGAGGAUGUCUCGGUGCGCUUCCCCAUUCCCGAGUGCUGGAUCUACCUGUUCCGCGUGGAGAAGCACUUCAGAUAUGGUUCGGUCAAGUCGGCACAUCGGCGAACUGGCAAGAUCAAGGGAAUCGAGCGGAUCCUGGGAGCCGUGGACACGCUGCAGGAGUCGCUGAUCGAGGUCACCUCCGGACAGGCCAAGUACGAGCAUCAUCAUCGGGCCAUAGUGUGGCGAUGUCCGCGAUUGCCCAAGGAGGGUCAGGGUGCCUAUACCACACAUCAGCUGGUCUGCCGCAUGGCCCUCACCUCGUACGACCAGAUCCCCAGCGAACUGGCGCCAUACGCCUUCGUGGAGUUCACUAUGCCCGCCACGCAGGUCUCGCAUACCACCGUGCGCUCCGUGAGUGUCCAGGAUUCGGAUGCCGACGAGCCGCCGGAGAAGUACGUCCGCUACUUGGCACGGCACGAGUACAAGGUUGGCAUCGAGACCACGCACGGCGAGUCCACGAACGCGUAUCUGGCGGCAACGCGUCCCAUUCGCGAGGAGCCGCCCAGCACGGCCGCCAAGGUCACGGCCUCCCCGGUUCCGCCCAGCGACUCGGACUCGGACUCCAACUAAGCUGGGAUGGGGAACUCCUGACUUAAGGCUCCAAGCUCCCAACUACCAACUACCAACUAUAAACUCCCAACUGAAUUGAAAGACAGCGGCUUUCUGUAGAUAUUCCUCGUGCAUGGUUUACCCAAUCGUUCUUGUUAUAUACAUAUUAUACAAUACGCAUAGAUAUAUCUGACCCCUAAUAUAUGCAUAUAUAUUUUCGUGUGCGUCUGCCGCAAUUUUCCCCUCUAGCUUGUGCAGCGUGUUCAUCGCGUCGGGUUAGGUAAAGAUUAGUUGACAAUAAUGUUAAGUGCAGCAGCCGAAGAGUGCGAAGAUUACGAAGAUUACGAAGCAGACGAUGAGAGAUGAACACUGUGUAAAAAGCCAAAUGAACGAGGAUCGAGAUGAAGCUGAUGGAUCUGUGGAUCUGUGGACACGUCAACGGAGGAACCGAUAGCUAAGGCGUCCUAGGUAUCCUAAAUCCUGUAAGCCGCAUAGCCACAGCCAUAAUCACAUGACCUAACCUAGCCUAGCCUAAAAACAAAAAACAAAAACUUAUCUGCGUUACUUACUAGCCAUACGAUCACGUUAAAGUUAAUCGAUAUCAGACCAGAAUCGUACGUAAAGUCAACCCAUACAUAUGCAUAGGGAUAAUGGUUAUAUUCUCAAGUCAUAAACACAGACACACACACACGAAGCAUAUAUUUACUAUAACUGAUGUAAUCUGAAGUAAGCAGUAAGCCAGGGAAACGAAAAGCAAUUUCGCCAUACAUCGUUCUUAAUUCGAGGGCUCAAAUGCACAUAAGGUUAACCAAUACUGAAACGAGCUGCCAGCCUUACAUAAGGUUAACCAACACUGGGUCGAGUUUGUUGGCUUCGCAUAAUGUUAACCAAAAACUGGAACAAGCUGCCAGCUACACAUACGGUUAAUCAACACUGGAAUGUGCGACCCGCUUUGCGUGACGUUAAUCAACCCUGGACGGAGCUGCCAGGCUUACAUAAAGUUAACCAACACUGGCCAGACUGCAUACGUGGAAAGCGGAACUUGGUACUAUCCAUAGCCAUCAGAUACUUUUUAAGCUUUAUGUAUACCAUUGAUUUAACGAUAAAUUUAGAGAUGAAUUCAAAACUCCAAGCAAAAGCGAAAACUUAAACGGAAAUGCAUAUUCAAAUGUUAUUGUUGUGAAUCAAAUGAAAUUAUAUUCAAACUAAACUAAAAAGUAAAGGAAAAUCAUAUAGGCAAAUCAUCUUUGUUGAAGCAAAAAGUACAUUAAAGUAUAUGAGGAAAACAAAAAGCAAAACCUAACGUAAAACUAAACAAAGAUAUUCAAACUAUAUGCCAUACGUAUUGAUUGAUAACUGAUUGAUUGAGUUUACUAGCAAGAUUGCAUAAUAAUAGAUUUGUUAAUUGCGUGUUAAAUGAAUAUAUUCUAUGAUCCCAGCUUAACCACCUCCCAAAACGUUUGCCUCUGUUCGAUUUCUUAUCCCCUCAACUCAAAAUCCCUUACACUCUAAAUCCAUAUGCCAUGUCAGACAGCUAUAUACCUACUACGAACACUUCGAACGACUCUCAAUGGAAUCACGAUUUAUUGAUAAUAGAGAAUGUGUAUAUUGUACCCCUAAGAAAUGAAUCUUCAUUCAUAUAUUAUGUAUGUUACAUUAUUUACCUACGUUUAAUUCUACAUAUAUUAUAUAUCGUCUAUAGCAUAUGUAUUGUAUGUACAAUAAAAAAAGAAGAAAGCCCAUGCAAACAGACCGAUCGGUUGACAAAACACUCUCACAUGUUAUAUUUAUAUAUUAAUUAUACAAAUAUCGACGGCUCCGCCGCAAUAUAUUCCCCCGAUCCGAGUCGGACUGAGGGCAUAUACUGCGCCGGCACUGGUCGCUAUUAUACAAAUAUGCGGCGCAAGCUAAUGGUAUUAACCGAUCAACUAAAUACAAUAUAACUAAAUACAAAAAAAAGCAUUAUG